CUGAUUGGCAAAGAUGAUGCAGCAGCUACUGAUGCUGUUUUUAGAUGAUGCCGUAGGUAUCGGUGCUGCUUUUACAUUGCUGUUGAUUGUUAUGAUUUCUUGCUGGUGAUGGUGAUGGUGAUGGUGAUGAUAUAAGCACAUGAGAUUGUGGCUGUAGCUGUGAGGUACCCGUUGUAGAUCGGUUGUCGCUGAUGCUGGUUUUUGAUGAAUGUUUUUUAGUAGCUGUGUUACAGUUGGUUGCUGUUACCUCUUUCUUGUUCCAUUGCAGUUUGAUCCCAUUUUUUCCCAGUUUAAAGCUUUUUUUUGCAUAAAUACUCUUUUUUUUUCUUUUAUUUGAUUAAAUCAAGUUACAGGCUUGUGGUUAGAUCGCCAGUUAUAUAACUGAAGUCAUUGUCUCCUGAUUGGUUAUCUUUAUCACUAUUUGAUAUAUAUAUAUAUAUAUAUAUAUAUAUAGGAAUUAGUAAUGUGCUCUUACAUGCAUAAAAAAUAAAAAGUAAGUGUUUUUUGUCAUGCUUAAAUGUGUCGAGUCCAAAAUACUCUAAAUCAAUUAGUUUUAGUGAUGUGUGAGAUCUAUUUUUAAAAAUAAAAAAUUUUACUUCUAAGAAAUAUAUAUCAAAAAGGAAAGAAUUUUUAUUUUAUAAAAAAUAUAUAUAUAUAAUUCAAUCACUUACCGAAAUAAGGAAAUUUUAUAUAAAUCAACGAUUAAGAUCAAGAAAAUAAAUGAGCUCACCUUUUUUCAAAUUACUAAUAAAAAUGUUAAAACGAAAACUAUGACCAAGAAUGAAAUCGUGCUUGAAAAUGAAAAAUUACGACUAAGAAAACAAGUGACCUCUCAUUCCUCCAAAAAAAAAAUGAAAAAUGCUAAUAAAAUACGAAAAAUUAAGAUCAAGGAUAAAAUUAAGAUCAUACUUAAAUUAGGGUAAUUACUAAUUACAUCAGUUGCAUAUAAUAUUUUGCUGUUGUUUAUAUUUUGAUACAAAAAGUUUUAUUUUAAAUUAUGAGGUUAUCUAUAUUUUAUAAUGAAAUAAAAUAAAUGAAAUAAUAAUGAAAAAUUGUGUCAAACAAUUAAUGAUGUUAAAUUUUUUUGGUAUUCUAUAUAGAGAUAUAGAGUUGACACGAUGUUUUAAAAAUACAUGAUGCAAUUACAAAGAGAAAUGAAAUUUUUUAUAUCAUCAAAUUUUAAACUUUUUGUACUGAUAUUAAAGAAAAUGACAAAUCAUUCAGUAUGCAUUCCCUUCCCCCGCUGGUGAAGAACCCUAAUCCCCAAUUUGGAAUUCCUCAGUUCUCUAAGCAAGGGAUUUCCAGUCCUGUAAUUCGAUAGGAAUUUUAUCUCCACCUCCAAUUCUAUGCUAAAAUGAUUGCCCUUGUGCGCAGGAAUUCGUCACUCUAUCUCUUACUCCGCACUCCGCCGCUGAGAGAAAUUUCCACCUCCGCCGCCGCGGUUUACGAUGUCUUGGUAGACAAGCACGAUUUCUCUCCCGAAAUCGCUAAAUCAGUCUCCUCCAAGCUGAGCCGCUUCAGAAGCCCCGAGAGAGCCGAUUCGAUCCUCACAUUCCUCAAACAAAACUCCUUCUCCACCACUCAGCUGCAGCGCCUCGUGAAAUCCGAUCCCCGCAUCCUCACCGCCUGCGCCGAGGGCGCCGUCAAGCUCAAGAUCCGCAUCUUCAAAGACUUUGGCUUUCCCCCCGAGGAAACCGCGAAGAUAAUGUCGAGCAAUAACGCAAUUAUACACUCAAGCGCGGAGAAGAAGAUAAUCCCUCAGCUCUCCACGCUGAAGGCCUUGUUAGGAUCCAAUUCGGAAGUCGUGGAUCUCGUGAAGCGAUCCGUGUGGCAUAUGACUGUGGAUUUGGAGAAGCUUUUCAUCCCAAAUGUCGAUUUCUUGAAGAGAUGUGGUGUAAAAAUGGAAGGCAUACGCAUCUUGCUUCGACAUUUCCCUCGGUGCCUCUUGUUGAGGCCCGAAUUGAUGAGGGAGGCGGUGGAGAGGGCGAAGGAGAUGGGGGUGGAUGAAAACACCAAGACUUUUGUGUAUGCUGUUCGCGCCAUUGCCUCGUUUAGGAAGGAGAGCUGGGAGGCGAAGAUUCAGGGGUUCAGGGAUUUGGGGGUGUCGGAGAGUGAGGUGGUGGAGAUAUUCAGGAGGUCGCCGUUGGUGAUCUGCACUUCUUUGGAGAAGUGCAGGGAGAUCAAGAGGCUUCUGCUUGGCACCGGGAGGUUUGAGAUGGGCGAUCUGAUUAGUGAUCCUUCGACAUUCCUGUGCAGCGUUGAGAGGAGGUAUAAACCGCGGCUGCAGGUUUUGGAGGUGUUGGAGAGUAAGGGGCUUAUUCGGAGAUGGCCUCCGCUCUCGUCGAUUUGUAGAUGGACGGAUGAGAGGUUUUUCAGGGCAUUUGUUAGGCCUUAUGCAGAUCAGCUUGAUGAAGUGUUUGUUGAAAAGUAUUGGUUCAAGAGAGAAGCAAUGAGUGAUUCUUGAGCAUUUUUUUAGAAUGUUGGAUUGUGAAAUGGUGAGGAAGUUUUCAAGCCAAGAAUCAGAAUUUAGACACAAAUAGGGAUCUGGAAUUAGGCAAUAGAUAUUGGAUUGAUUCAAAAAUGACAAGAAAUUGGUCACAUUUAUCAUUUGACAUUUUUUUAGUAUGUUGGAAGAAUGUUGGAUUGGGAAAUAGUGAGGAAGUUUUCAUAGCCUGGUCUAUUGUUGGUGUUAUUAUAAGAUUUCUUGUAUGGAAAACUCAUUUUUAAACCAAGAAUCAGAAUUUAGUGCAAA